CCAGAAAUCGCUUGGUUGUAUUUCCGUUAUGCAAAAUAACUGCAGGCGGCUCAUCGACUAUUCUUCAUCAUGGCUGUGAAAUUAAACGCUUUGACCAGCGAUUCUUACAUUGACGUUAGUCAGUACAGAGACCAACAUUUUAAGGGUAACCGCUAUGACCAGGAGAAACUGCUGAAGCAGAGCCACACUUUAUAUGUUGGAAAUCUCUCCUUCUAUACAACUGAGGAACAGGUGUAUGAGCUAUUUUCUAAAGGUGGAGAUGUAAAACGCAUCAUCAUAGGUCUGGAUAAAGUCAAGAAGACAGCCUGUGGAUUCUGCUUCGUAGAAUACUACACACGUACAGGAGCAGAAAAUGCCAUGCGCUUCAUUAAUGGCACGCGGCUAGAUGACCGUAUCAUCAGGACGGACUGGGACGCCGGCUUCAAGGAGGGACGGCAGUUCGGCCGGGGCAAGUCUGGAGGACAGGUGAGAGAUGAGUACAGGCAGGACUACGACCCAGCCAGAGGGGGCUACGGGAAGCUGACCCAGCAGCAUAGACCCUCAGAUACACGGAACAGUUUUUAGAAUGAACCCCUUUACAGCAGUCUGCCUGGACUACACAGAGCCCCCACCAUCAGUCUUGGAUUAGAUAUACUCCCCAGCAAUGCCACAACAUACUUUAACAGAUCGUUUCCCCAAAAGUAUACCAUCAAACACAGCCUCAUAAUAAAAGCUGUUCAUAAUGUCAUGGUCUGUACAUGUCAUACCUCCUGUCAGUCUGCAUCACAGCACAUGCCAAACCUCAAAGUAAGUGUGAUAUGAAUGGAUGUUUUUAUUACCCUGUAUGUAGUCAUGCUAUGAACUCUCCAACAGACUGGAAACGCUCUGAUAGAAUGUAGCGACUGGGCUGAGUUUGCAUCAAAUAUGAAGUCAGAAUGAACUUGCUAAGUCUCCACAUUAGGUUCAAAUAGAAGUCUUCUGGAGUCAGGAAGAACAAUGAUACCAUCUUACUGCUUGAUGAGUGAAACUUUGUGUCUCAAAUUGUGAAUACUUUUUUAAAUAAAGUUUUUUCUUUCUUAAAUCGUUAA